ACACAAACACAGUCUGUCGCCCAGGCUGGCGUGCACUGGCUUCAUCUUGACUCACUGUAGGCUCCACCUCCUGGGUUCAAGCGAUUCUUCUGUCUCAGCCUCCCGAGUAGCUAGGAUUACAGGCACACACCACCACGCCUGGAUGAUUUUUGUAUUUUUAGUAGAGACGGGAUUUCACCAUGUUGGCCAGGCUGGUCUUGAACUUCUGACCUCGUGAUCCACCUGCCUCUGCCUCCCAAAGUGCUGGGACUACAGGCGUGAGCCACCGCCGAGCCAAGUUCCCUUUUUUUGUUUGUUUUUAACGCUGGUCAUCAGUUUCCUUUGCUUCCGGAUGCCUUCUGCACCUUGCUGUUGGGGCAUCUUCAAUGCCCAUCUGCAGCUCAGCCCACAGGCCCGUCCUGGACAGGGUGCCAGGGCCUCACCAUGCCCAGUGGCAGCGAGCCCUGCUCCUAGUACCCCCGGGGCUUCCCGUUUCUUGCAUCAAACAGCCCCUUUGGAGAAUCUGAUGACAGGUGUGGAAGCUUUCCCGAGAGGCAGCCUCUUUAGAGGGUCUGACACUCCCCACUAGAGAGUCGGCCCACAGUGCAGACAAAACGCAGAUCUUCCUCUAGAGAGAACAGAAAGCUGGAGAGGAGACGCGGAGCCGGUCCGUGGAGUCCGCCAGCCUGGGAAACAGCUGGGCGCUGGGGAAGCUGCAGCCUCCCUGCUCCCCUGCCAGGCGUCGGGCGGGAGCUGUUCUGUUCCCUGACAAGCGCGUGGGCCGCCAGUGCUAUUCCUGCCACAGUGUGGGAAGGCGCUGGGCUCAGGGCUGUGCUUCCCGGAGCUGCUUCUAGCCUGAUUUCAGGCCAAGCCACGCAGUCCCUGGUGCCCGGGAAGGCGCCGGCCUCGCCGCCGCUCCAAAGCGAGUGGCCAUCUCUCGCCUGCUGUGCCUCCGGCCUGCUGUGCGGCUGCACGGAGGGAGCAGCUCUGCGGCCCAAGCUCUGUCACCUCAGCUCUCUGGGCCGCGGCUCCCACGUGAGAAAUGAGGAUGCGGAGCGCGGCCCUUCCAUCCUGUCCCUGCCACCGUUGCUUCCCCAUGCCGGGCCGCCGUCGGGAUGGGCAGACGGCGCGGCCGGUACCCGAGGCCUAACCCAGCGGGUGCCGCGUCUCCACCCGAGGCUUCCACCUCCAACGAGCCAUGUUCCAGGCUGCAGGAGCCACCCAGGCCACCCCCUCUCAUGACGCCAAAGGCGGCGGCAGCAGCACGGUGCAGCGCUCCAAGUCCUUCAGCCUGCGGGCCCAGGUGAAGGAGACCUGCGCCGCCUGCCAGAAGACCGUGUACCCCAUGGAGCGGCUGGUGGCCGACAAGCUCAUUUUCCACAACUCUUGCUUCUGCUGCAAGCACUGUCACACCAAGCUCAGCCUGGGCAGCUACGCCGCGCUGCACGGGGAGUUCUACUGCAAACCCCACUUCCAGCAGCUGUUUAAGAGCAAAGGCAACUACGACGAGGGGUUUGGCCGCAAGCAGCACAAGGAGCUCUGGGCCCACAAGGAGGUGGACCCCGGCACCAAGACGGCCUGAGAGGCCUCUGUAACCUUCCACCCCCUCUGCGGAGGGCCUGGAGCCGGCAGGGGGAAGGUGGGAAGGAGGUCGAGCUGGGCUUGCGUGGGGGCCAGAUGGGAAGGGGAUGAGGCUUGCUCAGGCGUAGGGGCCCAGGGCAGGGCUCUGCUCCAGGACUCCUUCCCUCUUCCUUCUCCCGCAGCCGGUGAGGGUUUGGGAACCAGGAUUGGGGUCUGCCCACCACCCUGCUUCCUGCUUCGUUCAGCCUCCCUCCCCACCUCACCCCAGGACCCCCUGGGAGGCCCCCAAGCCCAGCUCCCCUAUCUAGGUGCCUUUUCUCCAGCAAGGAGUCAGCAUGCCCUGCUCAGGGUCCCAAGCUCCCUCACUGCCACCGGAGACUGUGUGGCCCCCACGUCUCCCCAUCUACCUCUACCCUUAACCUGUUUCUGAGCCACGGAGACAGGGAGGAAGGAGCGCGACAGUGCCACCUGUUGGGCAUCAUAAAUGCCCCUGCAGCCCAUGGGGGAGGAGAUGGGGAAGUGGAGCCACCCUGCCUCUGCAGGGCAAGGCAGGGCCUGCCCCAGUGGGGCUUGGGACCAUCUCGAACAACCAGCGUGGAGAAGCAGAAGCAAAAGCACUCGCCAGGCUGCAGCCUCAGGCACUGGCAGGGGCUGGUGCGGCCCCACUCCCCUCCCCCGCUCCCAUUUGUGCCCAUCCUGUUGUGACCAACCCCGUUUUAAACACGUUUCAAUAGAUCCAGAUUCUCUAU